CGGCUGCGUGGCUGCGUGGAAGGCUGUUCCUGUUAAUCACAGAUUGGUCCUUAUAAACAGGUAGAGUCACGAAGAAGAAGACACAUCGUUCAGCUCAACGCAAACUGUCGGAUUAGCCAGUGAUACCAAACAUGAAGCCAAACAUCACGUGGAUGUACAACGCGCUCCUGUGUCUCCUACUCGCGGUGAAUGCAGAGAGGAGGGGGAAGGGGAGGCAGGGGACCCUCCAGAGGUACCAGAAGAGGGAUGACACGGCCCUCCUGUGUCCCAGCUGCCCUCCGCCCGUCCUGGUGAAGAGCAGCUCCUCCAGGGAGCACUGUGCCCGCAAGUGCAGCCGCAGCAGGAAGUCCCUGACCUGCAGAGGGUUCUCCUUCGAAAACCACACAGGGAAAUGUUUCCUUCUUCCUUACGACCGCUACAGCGCCGGAGCCUUCAAGGAACACAAGGCAAACACUGACCUUUAUGAGAAGAAAGAUUACGUGAGGAAUUGUAUACUCGGUUCGGGGGCGAAAUACAGAGGAGGACUUGCUGAGACCAAGAGCAACAUCUCCUGUCAAGCCUGGGAAACCAAGUACCCUCACGAGCCUCGUCUUGAAUUCCAGAAGGCGAAGAGAGGCAAAGACUUGAGGGACAACUUCUGUCGUAACCCUGACAACCACAGCAGCGGCCCGUGGUGCUACACAGUCGAUCCUAAGAUCAGAUUCGAGUCAUGUGGUCUUCCACAGUGCUCUGAUGUGGAGUGCGUGCGCUGUAACGGGGAGGACUACCAGGGGCCCAUGGACCACACCGAGUCCGGCAAGGAGUGCCAGAGAUGGGACGCCAUGAAGCCCCACAGACAUCACUACCUCCCCAAGAAGUAUCCUGACAAAGGUCUGAACGACAACUACUGUCGCAACCCUGACGGGCGUGAGCGUCCCUGGUGCUUCACCAUGGAGACCAGCAGGACGUGGGAGUACUGCAACAUCACCGCCUGCGAUCCAGGAAAUGACACCUACUCGGACAUGACAACAUCCUUUCCAGGCCAGGGCCUGAGUUAUCGGGGCACGGUCAACAUCACCUCUAGAGUCACGUGUCAACGCUGGGAUUCCCAGUUUCCCCACAACCACUCCUACAUCCCCCAGAACUACAAGUGCAAAGACCUCAGAGAAAAUUCCUGCCGUAACCCGGACGGCUCUGACCUCCCCUGGUGCUUCACUACAGACCCUAACCAGCGCCGGGCUUACUGCACCAACAUCCCCAGGUGUGAGGUGAAGGCCGCGGACUCCGAAGAGUGUUACGAGGACAAUGGGGAGAACUACAGGGGCAAUCUGUCGAAGACCAGAUCUGGAAUUCCGUGUGCGCUGUGGUCGGAUCAUUCAAACAGUGGUGACCCUCAUUCUGCAGAAUCCAGCGUGGGCCUGGAGAGGAACCUGUGCAGGAACCCAGACAGGGAUAAACACGGCCCCUGGUGCUACACUACUGACCCCUCUGUUCCCUGGGAUUACUGCCGGCUUAAACGCUGUAAAGAUGUGUCUCCAAGGGCAACACAUCAAAGAAGUAUUGCUUCCAAGCCAUCAUGUUUCGUGCACAAAACCACCAGAAUUGUUGGAGGUACUGCGGUGCACCUGGCAAACGAUGGUAGCUGGGUGGUAAGCAUCCAGAAAGGGAACAGGCACUGGUGUGGAGGCUCGCUGAUCAGGGAGGAGUGGGUCCUGACCGACCAGCAGUGCUUCUCUUCCUGUGUCCCUGACCUGAGUGAGUACAGCGUCCAGGUGGGCUUGCUCCACCUAAACUCCUCCUCCUCCCACCCCCGCCUCCACAUUGCCCACGUGGUCUGCGGUCCUGAGGGCUCCAACCUGGCUCUGCUGAAACUCACCCAACCAGCUCCUCUGUCGGAACAAGCCUUCACCAUCCCACUCCCAGUCGCCGGCUGUAGCGUCACGGAAGACACCAACUGCCUCAUGUACGGAUGGGGGGAAACCAAAGGUACAGGAUACGAGGAAUCCUUGAAAGCUGUGAUUCUGCCCAUGGUCAGCAACGAACACUGCUCUGAACUCCACGAGGGAAGUCUGACCAUCACCGAGAACAAAGUCUGUGCUGGAGGACGGAAAGACCAAGGAGUGUGCGAUAAGGACUACGGAGGCCCGCUGGUGUGCCAGGAGCAGAAACGGAAGGUGAUCGUGGGCGUGAGCAUCCAUGGGCGUGGCUGUGCGCUCGCCAGGCGCCCCGCCGUGUUCGUCAACGUGGCCUUCUACUCUGAGUGGAUCCACAAAGUGUUCAGACACUACAUCCUGGAAAGGAACUACUACUGAGAGGGUGGAGACCAACUCCAUACAGGACCGAACCGAAGCCUUCGGGAGGAAAGGUGGCAAGGGGCCAGAGAUAGAGUUCCAACAGAAAUGUAUAACAAGACCGUUGGGGGAUGUAAGAAAGAGGAAAAUUAUUUUAUGGGAAGCAGACAUUUUGUGGCAGGACAUGUCCUCUGUGGAGCUGGGAGAAGUUAGGGGAUAUUCUACGGGGUCUGGAUACGAGGAAACGUCUGGGACCACUGUACAGGAUGCAGAGAAGAAAUGUUGCGAUAUGAUGCGAAAGAACAAUUACACGUUCUUAGCUUGAAUUACAUUUUCAAAAAGUCGUUUCUGGUACUUUUCUGGUACAGUUGGUUUGUGUUUCGAGUGAAAUGUUUGAAAAGAAAAACACUAAAGCCAAAAUAGAGAGACUACUCUCACCUAAACAAUAGGAAAGGGAACUUUGACUAAGUGUUGUCUCCUGGAAAAUACUUGAAGUUGCAGAGCGACUUUUCUUUUGUACAUAACUGCAGAUUUAUAUGGUCAGAUUCAAAACCAAAUGCAUUUGUACGAUCCCUAGGGAUUCAUAUGUGGCUUAAGGUCGCCUAUCAUCCAACAGCUACUGUUCUACAUACAAGUGUGAAAGCUUGUGGGUAUUGCUAUUAGCGUGCAUGGCUAACAUGGGUGUUAGCCAGAGGUACAUAACAGGUCCCCACUGGGCUUCUCCCUAGAAAACAAUAAGAGUUCUUCUGGUGGUGAGGUAUAAUCUGAACAGUAGACUAACUGUUCCCUAGCUAACGCUAACUGCUACUUAGCCAAACGUUUCAUGGCUAACCUGUCUCCAGUUUGGAAGGAACUACAGCCCCUGGUGGGCUUGGUGUGUUCAGUAGAACGUUUAGAAGUUUUGUGUGGAGUGAGCUUCUUUUUUUUUUACUGCAGAUUUAUUGGGUGUGUUUCUGGCACUCUGGAUCAUUUUAUAGGUCUUAUAGAUCUUGAAUAUUUUUGGCGGGCGUAACAACAUCUGAGGGCUUUCUGUCUCCCUCUGGUUGUGUUUCAUAUUUAAACGGAUCAGCAGUUUGUAUGUACGGUAUUUAUUUUUUUCACUUUUGGCUCGGUGAGAAGGCGCCAGCAAUUCAACACGACAAAGGACACACAUCGCAUGAAGGGAGCAUUCACGCCACUUUGUCAGUCAAAGUUUGAGUGUAAUAUUGAACAAAAACCUUCAGAACCAAACAUAUUAUUUUACACUUGUACUUUCAAUUACUUUUAUAUCCUCUACAAGUACCUUGCACUGUCUUCAGGUCAGACAGCUGAUGCGUCACCCUAAAACACAAACCUCAGAAUGUUCAUUAAACUUCAUGUAAAAUUCGUAGUAACUGAUUUUACUGGUCAGAAAUUAUCCAGCAAAUACUUUAUUCUCCAGAGAUUAAGUCCUAUCUCCCAACCGAUGUCCAAGGUGGAUAUAAAUGUUUGCUGUGAUUGUAGUUUUGUGUAAAUAGUAUGUAAAGUACUGUAUGUAAAAUACAGUAUGUGUUUUGUAUUAUAUUCAGUCAUUCUGUUCAUUUAUACUGUCAAAAUUAUAACAGCUGCUAUUUUAAUAAUUCUCUUGAUUUGUUUCUAUGUACUUUGCAUUUUGUAAAGUUCCUACCCUUUAUAAUCACAUUUUGAUAUUAAAUUAACAAUUUAACUUACACUUCUGAAAUGUUUUUCACUGUAUGCUUCACUGUUGUUACAUUCAACUUUCUUUUGUUUCAUUCUGUAGAUUAAUGUUAUGCAGCGUAUAUCGUGGUAAACUACUCAGUUUAAUGUUUCAAAUUCAAGUGCAUGUUCAAUAUCCAGGUCAUUUUCUUAGGCUUUGGAUUAAGGUUCUCGAUUUUCUUGCAGUGGAAAUCAUCUUCUGUUCUUUCUGAAUUGCACCAAACCCUUGGGGUGUGUGGU